AUGAUUAAGAUUCUUAAUCUGAAUGGCACUACUCCUUCCGGUGCAUCCAAACGGACAGUGUCGGAUAAGGUCAAGGCUAGUCCUUCAUUUGUUCGGUCAAGUAGAAUUUUCGAAGAUGGGUUGAAUUCUAGCUCACCUUCACUUUCCGGUAAAACCUUGCUUUUAGAAAACAAAGCCCAAAUUGAAGCAUUACCAAAGGAAUUCCAUCCUGUGUUGUAUCUUAUAAAUGCCCAGAAGUUGCGUACCUAUUCCACUGGUACUUUGGAAGUGUUGGCUGAAGGAUCAUGGGUUGAUGUUGAUGCAAGAUUAAUUGGAAAUGAAUUGACCAUGUGGAGAAACACCGAAUCGGAAGAAUUCAAAUACAUUAACCUCAUCGACUAUCAACUUGAAGUUGUCAACAAGUUGCAAAUCAAGUUGUAUCAAGACUUUGUGGAAGAUUCCCAAGUUUACAUUAGAUUUGAAUCGCAAGUUGAAUUCAACCAAUGGUUGAGUGCCAUCAUUCUCAGUAAAUUUGAAUAUGUUAAAUUAAAUGAAGCAUUCACUGCUGUCGUAUUAUCAUCAAAGGCUUCUAAAUUACUGGACACUCAUAUUCUUAUGUCCAAGAAGAGAUAUUCCAAGUCUGAAUUUUGUAACAUUAGAUUACCCCAAAUUUCUUCUAAAUGGUUGAAGGUGUACAUGGUUAUCGUCCCCAGUGAUAACAAACAUUUAGGUAGAAUUGAAAUCUAUCAAGACGACAAGAAAGUAAACAAGAAACACUUGAUUGCAUAUAUUGCCAAUGCAAACCACGUGUUUAACGUUUAUCCUGAGUUACCAGCCAUGGUUGAUUUCAACUCAAUUAUGAAUCUCAAAGGUGAAAUCCACAUAAAUAAGCAUUUCGAACAUUUGUUUGCUCAUAACAACAGUAUUCCAAUUCCAAAAUCCGAUUCUUCAAGCUCAUUAUUAGCUUCGCCCAAGAUGUCCCAUUCAAGAUCAACUUCGGUCAAUUCUACAUCAUCAUUCUUUGGAUCGCCAGGAACAUCACCAAAACCAAGCAGUAUGAUGACGUUUGCCAAUAGAGAUAGAUCGCUGUCGAAUGAAUCUAAACAGAGUUCCAAAGCCAGCGAAAUAGUUGUGGAAAAGGAACUUAAGGAACCAAAGAGAACUCCAUCUACUUUCUUGAAGAAACAUUCCAAUGACUUCAUCAUGACUGAUUCCAUCUACAUUAUGCCAAUUUCCCACCCCGGUGUGUCACCUAUUGAAACCAUGAUUCGUAACUUCAUCCCCAUUAUUGAUUCAUUCAAACUUUACGGACGUCCACAGAUGUUGAUUAGUGAUCGUAAAGACGCGAAUUGUUUAUUAUUUGGAUUACCUUCAUUGCCAAGAUAUGAAUAUUUAUCCAGAGAACAUGUCGAGGAAGCAGUUGCUGCCCAUGCAGGACAAGAGUUUGAUUAUGAGAAAAUUAUCAGUGACAAGAUUCAACAAUUGCAAGCCAAGGGAUAUAGAGGAGACGGUGACAUUUCCAAUUUAUACAAUAGUUUGAACUCAACGUCUUAUGACUUGGCAAUUCCGUAA